GAUGUCAACAUUGGAUCACCCAAAGCAAAAUUUAAAAUGCCCAAAUUUAAAAUGCCCAAAUUUAACGUCCCAAGCCUAAAAGGACCUGAGAUUGAUGGAAAUUUAGAUGGUCCAGAUGUUAAGGUAAAUGUACCCAAUGUUAAUCUUAAAGGUCCUAAAGCUGAUGUAGGAAUGCCAGAUCUUGAUAUUUCUGGUCCGUCUGGAAAAUUCAAAAAGCCAAAUUUUAACCUGCCUGAUUUUGGUCUAUCGGGUCCAAAGUUAGAUGGCCCUAACUUGGACCUGAAAUCACCUGACCUAGAUAUCUCUGGUCCCAAUCUCAGCGGUGGAAUAAAUGCACCAGACAUAAAGAUGCCCAAGGUUGAUCUUAAAAGCCCCAAACUGGACCUCAAUACCCCAAAGCUCAACUUAGACAUGCCAUCAGGGAAACUGGAGAUGCCAAAACUGGCAAAACCAAAGGCAGAGCUUCAUGCUCCAGACUGGGAUGUUAAUGCUCCGUCAGGAAAAUUGAAAUCUCCUAAAUUCAAUCUUUCAGGUACUUUGCCAAAGGGACCAAACAUGGACAUAAACACAGAUCUGAAAUCACCAGACUUUAGUCUGAAAGCUCCAAAGAUAAAGGGUGGAAUUGAUGCCCCUGACUUGGACUUGCCUAAUAUGGACCUUAAAGCUCCCAAGUUCAAUGUGAAUACUCCAGAUGUCAACAUUGGAUCACCCAAAGCAAAAUUUAAAAUGCCCAAAUUUAAAAUGCCCAAAUUUAACGUCCCAAGUCUAAAAGGACCUGUGAUUGAUGGAAGUUUAGAUGGUCCAGAUGUUAAUGUAAAUUUACCCAAUGCCAAUCUUAAAGGUCCUAAAGCUGAUUUAGAAAUGCCAGAUGUUGAUGUUACUGGUCCAUCUGGGAAAUUCAGAAAGCCAAAUUUUAACCUGCCUGAUUUUGGUCUUUCGGGUCCAAAGUUAGAUGGCCCUAACUUGGACCUGAAAUCACCUGACCUAGAUAUCUCUGGUCCCAAUCUCAGCGGUGGAAUAAAUGCACCAGACAUAAAGAUGCCCAAGGUUGAUCUUAAAAGCCCCAAACUGGACCUCAAUACCCCAAAGCUCAACUUAGACAUGCCAUCAGGGAAACUGGAGAUGCCAAAACUGGCAAAACCAAAGGCAGAGCUUCAGGCUCCAGACUGGGAUGUUAAUGCUCCGUCAGGAAAAUUGAAAUCUCCUAAAUUCAAUCUUUCAGGUACUUUACCAAAAGGACCAAACAUGGACAUAAACACAGAUCUGAAAUCACCAGACUUUAGUCUGAAAGCUCCUAAGAUAAAGGGUGGAAUUGAUGCCCCUGAAUUGGACUUGCCUAAUAUGGACCUUAAAGCUCCCAAGUUCAAUGUGAAUACUCCAGAUGUCAACAUUGGAUCACCCAAAGCAAAAUUUAAAAUGCCCAAUGUUAAAAUGCCCAAAUUUAACAUCCCAAGCCUAAAAGGACCUGAGAUUGAUGGAAAUUUAGAUGGUCCAGAUGUUAAGGUAAAUGUACCCAAUGUUAAUCUUAAAGGUCCUAAAGCUGAUGUAGGAAUGCCAGAUCUUGAUAUUUCUGGUCCGUCUGGAAAAUUCAAAAAGCCAAAUUUUAACCUGCCUGAUUUUGGUCUUUCGGGUCCAAAGUUAGAUGGCCCUAACUUGGACCUGAAAUCACCUGACCUAGAUAUCUCUGGUCCCAAUCUCAGCGGUGGAAUAAAUGCACCAGACAUAAAGAUGCCCAAGGUUGAUCUUAAAAGCCCCAAACUGGACCUCAAUACCCCAAAGCUCAACUUAGACAUGCCAUCAGGGAAACUGGAGAUGCCAAAACUGGCAAAACCAAAGGCAGAGCUUCAUGCUCCAGACUGGGAUGUUAAUGCUCCGUCAGGAAAAUUGAAAUCUCCUAAAUUCAAUCUUUCAGGUACUUUGCCAAAGGGACCAAACAUGGACAUAAACACAGAUCUGAAAUCACCAGACUUUAGUCUGAAAGCUCCUAAGAUAAAGGGUGGAAUUGAUGCCCCUGACUUGGACUUGCCUAAUAUGGACCUUAAAUCUCCCAAGUUCAAUGUGAAUACUCCAGAUGUCAAUAUCGGUACACCAAAAGCAAAAUUUAAAAUGCCCAAAUUUAAAAUGCCCAAAUUUAACGUCCCAAGCCUAAAAGGACCUGCACUUGAUGGAAAUUUAGAUGGUCCGGAUGUUAAUGUUAAUGUACCCAAUGCCAAUCUUAAAGGUCCUAAAGCUAAUUUAGAAAUGCCAGAUGUUGAUGUUACUGGGCCAUCUGGAAAAUUCAAAAAGCCAAAUUUUAACAUGCCUGAUUUUGGUCUUUCUGGUCCAAAGUUAGAUGGCCCUAACUUGGACCUGAAAUCACCUGACCUAGAUAUCUCUGGUCCCAAUCUCAGCGGUGGAAUAAAUGCACCAGACAUAAAGAUGCCCAAGGUUGAUCUUAAAAGCCCCAAACUGGACCUCAAUACCCCAAAGCUCAACUUAGACAUGCCAUCAGGGAAACUGGAGAUGCCAAAACUGGCAAAACCAAAGGCAGAGCUUCAUGCUCCAGACUGGGAUGUUAAUGCUCCGUCAGGAAAAUUGAAAUCUCCUAAAUUCAAUCUUUCAGGUACUUUACCAAAAGGACCAAACAUGGACAUAAACACAGAUCUGAAAUCACCAGACUUUAGUCUGAAAGCUCCUAAGAUAAAGGGUGGAAUUGAUGCCCCUGACUUGGACUUGCCUAAUAUGGACCUUAAAGCUCCCAAGUUCAAUGUGAAUACUCCAGAUGUCAACAUUGGAUCACCCAAAGCAAAAUUUAAAAUGCCCAAAUUUAAAAUGCCCAAAUUUAACGUCCCAAGCCUAAAAGGACCUGAGAUUGAUGGAAAUUUAGAUGGUCCAGAUGUUAAGGUAAAUGUACCCAAUGUCAAUCUUAAAGGUCCUAAAGCUGAUGUAGGAAUGCCAGAUCUUGAUAUUUCUGGUCCGUCUGGAAAAUUCAAAAAGCCAAAUUUUAACAUGCCUGAUUUUGGUCUUUCGGGUCCAAAGUUAGAUGGCCCUAACUUGGACCUGAAAUCACCUGACCUAGAUAUCUCUGGUCCCAAUCUCAGUGGUGGAAUAAAUGCACCAGACAUAAAUAUGCCCAAGGUUGAUCUUAAAAGCCCCAAACUGGACCUCAAUACCCCAAAACUAAACUUGGACAUGCCAUCGGGGAAACUGAAGAUGCCAAAACUGACAAAACCAAAGGCAGAGCUUCAGGCUCCAGGCUCCAAAAAGCCACAUUUGAAGAUGCCUGGUAUGGGGUUUUCUGGUCCAAACUUUGACCUCAAGUCACCAGAUCUUAAGGCCGAAUUACCGAAAGGACCAAAUUUAAACAUGAAUUCAGACCUGAACACUAAGGAUUUGAAUCUCAAAGCUCCAAAGAUGAAAGGUGGUAUAGAUGCCCCCAAAUUAGGCUUACCAAACAUGGACCUUAAAGCUCCCAAUUUAGAUAUGAACACUCCAGAUGUCAAUGUUGGUUUCCCUAAUGCAAAUUUCAAAAAGCCCAAAAUCAAGAUGCCAAAAGGCCCUAAUGUUGACAUAAAUGGGGACCUACAGGGGCCUGAUCUAAAUAUCCCAAAUGUAGAUGUUAAUGGCCAAAAAGGAAAAUUUAAAAUGCCAAGUUUAAAUGCACCAGAACUCAGUCUCUCUGGACCUAAGGCAAGAACACCAGACAUUAAUCUUUCAGGCCCUAAACUGAAAGGCCCUGGUUUAAGUAUGCCAGACUUGCCGGAUGCCAGGUUCAAAGGUCCCAAGUUAGACCUCAAUGCAAAACGUCCUGAUCUAGGAAUAAGUGGUAACAUAGAGUCGCCUGACAUCUUUACUGACUUUACUACCCCUCAAGUCAGAGGAGGAAUAAGAGGUCCAGAUGCUGACAUGACUGUACCCUCAGGAAACUUCCAGAAUCCUCAGACUGAUCUUGAUUUGGCAGACAGAAAAUUCAAACUUCCUUCUUUCAAGCUGCCUCAGUUUGGAGGCUCAGAUCUUAAUAGGACAUCAUCUGAUAUUGACUUUAGUGCAUCAUCGAGACCAACAAAGCUGAAUAUUUCUCCUCCAAAUGCAAAACUAAAUAUGAAACAACAAGAGUUUCAUGGGGAUUUCACAGGACCAAAUGUUAGUGCACCAAACAUGGACCUCAGCAUGCCGACAGCAGAAAUGCAGAAUCCACAGCUGCAUUUAAAAUCUCCACAUCUUGACAUUGAUGAUCCUUCACUAGAUUUCAAAGGGGGUUCUUAUAAGAAGCGCAGAUCAGAUACCACAGGGGUAAACAUGAGAAUGCCUACCCUAGACAUAGAUGGAGAUCCCAGACUUCGUCACACUAAUAGACAGUCACCUAGGACCAAAGUAAGGUCCAGCUACCCUAUGGUGGAUGCUCAUUUAGAUCACCACAUUGAUUACAACCAUUCAGAUCUCAAUAUUGAUGAUUUCACAGAAGUGGAUCAUGUGCCUAGAGCCAGAGGUUCAAAACUGGACCUUAAGGCACCGUCAGGUAUUAAUAUUGACAUGAGGGACCCCAGACAUACCGGAAGAAUUCCUCCUGGUAAUAUAAAUAUAUCGUCAAAGCACCAGAGAACAAAGCAGCCAACACCUAAUGCACAUUUGUCUGAAGAUCCAAGAAUAAGGGUACCUGACACUCAAGAUGGAUACUAUAUCACUGCUUUUCAAACUGAAGCACAAAAUCAAAGAAUGCCAAACCGCAAAUAUAACACACUUGGGGGGCCUGAUUUUCCUCUAAGAAAUAUGGACCUUGAAGUACCAGGUGAAAAUGACCAAAAAGGGUCAACUUUCUUUUUCUCCAACCUCAUGUAGCUUUCAAACCACUGAUGUUUCCAUAAGCAUGCCAAAGGUUUAAUUUAGUGUGCUUUUUAUAUUUUGGUUUAUUUAUUGUGACUGUUGUGUGAUAUUGUAUGAUUAAUGCAUAUUCAUUUUUUUUUUUUUAUAUAAUUCAAUCUUGUUGUUUUCUAUGAUGCAAGCUACAUUACAAUGCAAAAUUUUUGCACUUUUUUUAUAUUAAGUUUAAACUUUUCACAUUUUGUAAUUUGCGCAAUACAGUACUGAUUUGAAAAGUAUCUAUGUACAGAAAAGUUAAGUUGUGGCACCCAAAACCUCCAAAAUCUCCACAUUUUUAUGUUUACUACUGAUUUUGGUACUCACUUUUUUUUUUAAAUUGAUUUUAGGCUACUUAUAAAAAAUGAAAGGGUGCAAGUUUUUUUGUAAUAUAUUAACUGAAUGUUAAAAUAUCCAAAGUUAUAUUUUAUAUUCAUUGGGUAUGUGUACAAUUGAGUUUAUGUAAUUUUUACAAUCUUUUUUGCUUCAACAGAGUUUUUCCGUCAACAGUUUUGAGCAAUAACAUUAUAAAUGAAGUUCACAAUAUUUUAGGCAAUUUUAAAAGUCACUAUUUAGUGAUUGGUUAAGUUCUGUGUGUGUAGCAUGAAGAGACUACAAACUUUCUUUUCAUUAUACACUCUUGUGUUGUAUAAUGAUAAAUAAACUACCUUGAAAUG